AUGGCGUCUUUCGUCGCAGCCUUCGUCAAUCCCUGCAACUUUAUCGGUGGAGUUAGCUUCAACCCCGAAAAGGAUAUUCAGGAUUUAUCAGGCAAAACAAUUCUGAUAACUGGUGGAAACACGGGCCUGGGCAAAGAGACAAUUCUCCAAUUAGCCAAACAUAACCCGAAGAAGAUUUUUCUCGGUGCCCGUACCGAGUCCAAAGCGACAGAAGCAAUUGAAUCGAUCAAAUCAUCCAUCUCACAAGACGUCGACAUUUCUUUUAUUCCCCUGGAUUUGACAUCAACAGAAUCAAUCAAAAAGGGCGCAGAUUCAUUCAACGCUCAAUCCGAGCGUCUAGACAUCCUUAUCCUAAAUGCAGGCGUCAUGUCCCUCCCACCAGGAGAAACAGAUCUAGGCCACGAAAUCCAGCUCGGAACAAACCACACAGGACACUUUCUCUUAACAAAACUUGUACUUUCAAAACUUCUUGAAACAGCCAAGGAACCCGACUCUGAUGUUCGGGUUGUCACCCUCGCUUCAGUGGGUCACAAUCUUGCACCGAACUUCAACACCAUGCUUGAUCAGCAUAAACUCAAGAAUGUUAAUACGAAUGCUCGGUAUGGAGCGUCAAAGGCCGCAAAUAUUCUUUUCGCUGCUGAGCUUGCUCGGCGGUAUCCGUCUCUUACGUCUGUUUCGGUGCACCCGGGGAUUAUCUUGACGGGUCUAUAUGAUUCAAUUGGGCAGCGGACACCGUUGUCUUCUUUGGGAUUUAUGCCGUUGCAGCUUUUUGGAUCUUCUGUUGCUCAGGGUGCUUAUAAUUCUCUUUGGGCUGCUGUUGGCGCGGAGAAGAAUGCUCUUGUUAAUGGGGCGUACUAUGUGCCUGUUGGGAACUGCAAACGGGAUAAUAAAUAUGCGACGAGUGAGGAUAUGGGGAAGCGAUUAUGGGAUUGGACUGAAGAUGAGUUGAAGAAAGCGAACCUGUGA